AUUACAAAAAUUUCUUCGACAGAAAUUCCCCCAUAUGUGAAGCAAUGCCACGAAGAGGAUCCAAAAUUAAUAGAUUGUUAUAUCAAAGCGUUACAUCAUUUAAAACCAUAUUUAGCAAAUGGAAUACCAGAAAUUGAGCUGCCAUCAGUGGAACCAUUUCAAAUGGAUGAAUUGUCCUUAUCAUUAACUACUGGUCCAAAUGGAUAUCGAGUAUCAUUAACUGAAAUGGAUAUUUAUGGUGCUAGUAAUUUUACAGUAACUAAAUUAAAGCUAAGUGAAAAUGGUAAACCAUUUGAAGCAGUUAUUAAAAUUCCAUAUAUGAAAAUUUUAGCAAAAUAUGCUAGUACUGGUGUAUUAAUUAUUUUACCAGCAAGUGGGAAUGGAACUUUUCAUGGAUCAUUUGAGGAUGCAACAGCUAUUGUAAGAGGAAAAGUAAGUAAUAGUCUACGAGAUGAUGGUCUCAAUUAUUUACAUGUGGAUACAUUAAAUGUGGACUUAAAUGUACGUAUGGCUAAAAUGGCAGUGAAAAAAGUUUUCAACAACAACAGAAUUUUAAUUGAAGCAACAAAUUUAUUUUUACGAGAAAAUGGUAAUGAAGUAUUAAAAGCAAUGACACCGCAGCUACGUAAAAAAUUGAGUGUUGUCUUCCAAAAUAUUGCUAAUCAAUUAUUAACACAUGUCCCUGUACAAACGUUCCUUGUAUCAAAAGCAUCAUAAUUUAAUGAGAAAAAGAUAUAAGGUUGUAAAAAUACUAUUAAUUAAAAUUAUAA